UAAUAAAUCCGCGGUCACACUGAUCUCUAGGCAGAGGGUUUUUACCCAAAAAUUAAAUAAAAAAUAAUCAUUUUUAAUUGCAACGUGAGUCUGUUUCACGUAAAAUAUUGCAAUACCCACGGCACUGAUUCGUUCGCUUGUGUUUUGAGCUCGGAUAAAUGAGAGAAAACACGCUGAGAUGUAGAUGUUCACUGAGCGGCCGCAACAGCAGCAAUAACAAAAGCAAGAGUGAAAUUUAUGCAAAGAGAAAAGCGCGAUUAGCGCCAACGCCAAUACUAUGGAGAACUUAAAAAUAAGUGAUAAACUGUUUGAGGAUGUGAUAUAUUUCGUGCUUGGAAACCUGGAUGAAGAGAUUGAAAGAUUCCUGAAAAAUGGUGGCGCCCAGUCGAAACUUUUCCUCUCGGACAAGAUCACACAUCUGAUAUGUGCCACCAACUACUCAGAGGAGGAGCUGUCGAUGAACCUGGAGCUAUACAGUGUGAUUCCCGUCACCGAGCAAUGGAUCCUGCACAGUGCAAAACUGGGCCGCAUGGCCUCUACCCGCGCCUUCGAUCCGAGUCCACAUCAGCUGCGUCUGAUGCGCGGCAUCCGAGCGGCCAUCACCAACGUUGUGGCCAGCGAUCGGAGGCGCCUUUACGCGAUGCUCACAUACCACGGUGCCGUUGUCACCCACAGCUUUGGGGCCACUAAUACGCAUCUGGUAUGCGGGGCCGCCAACGGCGGUAUCUACAACAAAGCGCUGGCGCUUCCUAAAAAUGCCAUAAUCAUUGUGACACCAGACUGGGUGACGGACUGCCUCAAGUGCAAGGGCUGCCUGGCAUCGGAGCCGUAUCAUCCCAGGCUGCUGAAGCCUAUUGAAAAACAGCGGGCCCAGAAGCAGCAGCAGCAUCAACAACAAUUGCAGCAGCAACAGUUGCAACAACAACAGCAAUUGCAGCAGCAGCAGCAGCAUCAACAACAGUUGCAUCAGCAACAGUUGCAACAACAACAACAGCAGUCUGCCCCACCAUCCACUCUCUCGGACAUCUUGGGCUUCGGCGAGGACAGUGCAGCGGCCAAGAGCAUAGCCAGCAUAAAGUCGCAGCUACAGGCCUCGGCGGAACAAAUCCAACAGCAGCAUCAGCAGCUACCUGUGCCACCCGCCCAGCAACAGGUGGUGUUUGUUCGUCCUCAGCCGCAGCUUCAAAGCCAGCAACAGCAACAACAAAUGCAACAUCAGCUGCAACAACAGCAGCAGCAGCAAGGGGUUUCUCAAGCGCCUCCUCCAACGCACCCGCAACAGCCACAACAAUUGAUAAUACAACAGCAAAAGAUAAUCCCCGCCAAUCUUCAGCAGCAACAACAGAAUCAGCAGCAGAUCAAGAAUAUACUGCAGCAGCAAAGACAAAUCAAGAGCUCGCAGCAACACUCUCAGCAGCAACAACAACAGAUCCAAAUGAUGCAGCAGCAUAUUCAGCAAGAGCAACAACAGUCGCCCAGACUCCCCACAACCCCCACCACGGGGCGACAAACACCACGCACGCCGACAACAACGCCGCCCGUGCAAUCGCCCCAACAACACCAGCAACAGAUAGUGCAGCAGCAGCAAGUGGUUCAACAGCAGCAACAAGUGGUUCAACAGCAGCAACAAGUGGUUCAACAACAACAACAAGUGGUUCAACAACAGCAAAUUGUUCAACAACAAUCAGUGCCUGUUUCCCCCCAAAUCCUACACCAACACUUGAUGCGACAACAGCAGAUAUUGGGCCAGCAACAAAUGCACUUGCAGCAAAUCGUUCAAAGCGGCCAAGCACUCAGUGCCCAGCAGCAGCAGCAGCAGAGGCAGAUUCAACAGCAACAGCAACAAAUACUGCAGCAACUACAGCAAUUGCAGAUGCAAAUUCAACAGCAGCAACAGCAGCAACAGCAGCAAAAUCUUCAACAGCAGCAACAGUCCCCACGGAUGGUACAAAAUAGGUCGCCCGUAAUGCCACCGAACACGCCCUCUCCUUCGUUGCAACAGCAGCAACAUCAUGCCACCAGCAACAUGCUGCCACCUCAGUCUCCGCGCCAGCUUCAAUCGCCAGCACCGCAAAUGACUCCUCCGCCACCUCCUUCGCCACAGAGUGCCCAGCAGCAACAGCUCCUGCGACAGCAGCAGCAGCAACAGCUCCAACAGAGUCGCCAACAACACAUGAUGGGCUCCCCGCAGCAGCCACAACCGCCAUCGAUGAUGUCUCCGCAGCAACAGCAGCAGCAACAACAACAAAUGCCCUUCCAGCAGCCCGUUCACCAGCAACAACGCAUGCAAUUGCAGCAGCAACAACAAUUGGCCCAACAACAACAACAGCAGCAGCAAAGUCCGCAGCACAUCUCAGCCCCUCAGAGUCCGCAGAUAUCGCAGACACCGCCAAUGCAAAGCAAGCAGCAUCAGCAUCCGGCAGUGGGGGGACAGCCGCAACACCAACAGCAGCAAUCGUUCUCCCAGCAGCCCAUCGAUCCAACAGAUCCCGUUCAGGUGGCCCAAGUGCUUAGUCGCUCUGCGCUGAGCAGCAAUCAGGACUCUUUGAUCAUGCGUCAGCAGCAGUUGAAGCAACAGCAGUUACAGCAGCAGCAACAAAUGGCACCGCAGCCCCAGCCGCAGCCGCCCCAACAACCCCAACACACGCCAUCGCCGCGACAAUCGCCCUUGCAGCAUCAACAGUCACAGCCAACGACACCCGCGAUACAGCAACAACAAACAUCUCCACCAAUGCAACAGCAACCCCAACAACAACAACAGUCAAUGGCACCGCAACAACCAGCACCUGGACAGCAGCAAGUCAUCACGCAACGACAUGUAAUCAAUACAUCCACGGCGCAAGGGCAACAAAUCAUACAGAGCCACAUGAUGAAUCUUCAGCAGAAACAGCAGCAAAUGUUGCAUGUUCAACAGCAACAACAAAUAACACAGCAGCAACAGCAGCAGCUUCCACCGCAGCAACAACCUCAGCAGCAGCAGCAGCUUCCACCGCAGCCUCAGCCGCAACAGCAACAAGUUCAGUUCACACAACAGCAACAGAUUGCCCUGGGAGCUGGUGGACAGGUACGGAUCAUUCAGCAAACGAUUCAACGACCACAGCAACAGCAGCAAGUUCCCCAACAGCAACAACAGCAGCAACAGAUCCUUGGACAAUUUCCGCAACAACAGCAGCCUCUUCAGCAACAACAAAUGUCACAGCAACAGACUCCUCAGCAGGUAUUGGGACCGCAGCAGUCACAGACCCAACCGCAGCAGCAGCAACAACAACAACAACCACCACAGCCAAUGCAACCUCAGGGAAAAACUUUCAUUAUCAGCCAGCAGCACUUCAAUCAGCUAAGCGUGCAGCAGCAGCAACAGAUUUUGGCGCAAAAUCAGCAGAAUCAAAAUGUGUUCCUUGUCAAUCAACCUAGUAUCUCGCAGCAGCAACAGCAACAACAACAACAACAGCAGCAGCAGCAGCUCGUUCAGCAGCAGCAAAUGCUGCAACAGCAGCGCAUGCAAAUGCAACCCCAGCCACAACAAAUCGUUGUCAACCAACAAAUUUUAAGCGAUCCGCAGCGCUUACAGUACCUUCAACAACAACAAUUGAUGCAGCAAAAGCAACAACAGCAGCAACAGCAACAACAACAACAGCCGCAGCUUGUGGGAGCAACACAACAACAGCAAAUACAUAUUCAGCAACAACAACAACAGCAGCAGGCGCCGCAACAGCAACAACAAAUCUUGCAGCAGAAGCUCCCAAUCGAUCCCCAGCAGCAACAGCAGCAGCAGCAGCAGCAGCAAAUCAUGCAACAAGUACUAAUAAAACAACAACAGCUGCCCCAACGAACACCCCCUCCGCAACAACAGCAGCAACAACAGCAAUUGCUGCUGCAACAACAAUCACCCCAACACCAUGCACAAAUGCAGCAAUCAGCGCAUUGGUCUCCGCAGAGCCCUGCCUCGGGCCAGAUGGCACCAACUACACCCGGCACGCCCACCAGCAGUGUUGGAAUGCAGUCACCGCUACCCGGCGGACCGCCAACACCCCAGCAGCACCAACAGCCACCGCAGCAGUUUGCACCACGUGGACUGCGGCCGCAAACAUCUUGGCCAGGACAGCAACAUCAGCAGCCUCAAGCUCCGCAGCAACAACAGCAACUUGUGUUGCCGCCACCCCAACAACAACAACAGGCACCACAACAACAGCAGCAGAUUGUAUUGCAACAGCCGCAACAACAGAAAAUAGUUCUGGAUGAAAAAACGCAUGCACAUUUCAUGUCUCUGGACGCGCACAAACGAGCCGAGUACAUUGCGAAGCUUAAUCAGCAGAACAAGCCCAGGGUAAUGCUGCGCCAGCAAGUGGCCUAUCAGCCACGUCCCGGCACUCCAGGAGUAGUCGCCACGCGACCUUCUGGUCCAGUUCCCCCGGGCCACAUAAUUGUCCAGAGUCAAAUGCCACCGGGACUAACACAGCAGCAACAAAUGCUCUGGCUGCAACAGCAGGGCACACGUCAGGUGGUGGUGCGAGCCGGGGGUACUCCCGGUCUGAGUCCCAUUCCCAUUCAGCAGCAGCAGCAGUCAGGCGUCGGACCUCCGCAACAGCAACAGCCACCGCAACAGCCCUUCAAUCCCAACGACCCUAACCAGCAAAUGUUGCUGCAGAGGCAACAGCUUCGGGUCCAGCAGAUACCCAUCCAGCAGCAGCAGGCGCCCCCGCAGAUGGGCAAGCAGACGGUUCAACUCAUCACCGGACCGAAUGGGCAGCUGAUUGAGCAGCAAACGAUCGUCCAACAGCAGCAACAGCCUACCACACCAGGCACACCCAAUCCACAGGGUGGUGUUGGCAGUAGCGUUGUCGCAGGUCCCCCCGGAAGCGGGAACAUUAUGACGCAAACGCUGGUUAUGACAACAGCUCCAGAUGGACAGCUGCAGCAAACGCCACAGCAAAUGAACCUGAAGACAAAGACUGCGUUGGCUAACAUGCUAAGUAAUCGCCUGGGCAAUAAUGGUGUGCAACCGCAACAGCAGCAACUGAUCCAAAUGGCUGAUGGUCAGACACAGCAGCAGCAAGCUCCCCAGCAACAGCAAAUUGUCCAGCAGGUGGUGGUGACUGGGGCAACACAACAGCAGCAACAGCAAUUGCUGUUACAGCAACAACAGCAGCAGCAGCAACAGCAGCAACAACAACAGAUGGUGGCACAGCAGCAAUUGGCACCACAGCAGCAUGUUGAGACUCCGUCUGCUGCCGGCGCACUCCGGAUGAUGGGCCAGCAGCAUAAUGCAGCAGCAGUGGGAGUGGCUGGUCCACCCAGAACCCAACAGGAGUUGCUCAUGCUUCAGCAGCAACAGCAGCAGCAGCAGCAACAAAUGCUUCAGCAGCAGCAAAUGCGGAGAGUGGUUGGCGUUCCCCAGCAACAGCAGCAACAGGUUCCGCAGCAGCAUCUCGUCCAGCAGCAAAUUGUUGUGGCUUCUUCACCCUCGCCACAACAACAGCAACAACAGAUGCCCGUGGGAGUGGGCGGCGUGCCGGUGCAGCGUCCACCGCAUGGUUAUAUCCAGACACGCCCCGGACAGCCGCCGAUCCCGAUGCCGCAGUUCUACGGCCACAAUCCGAAUCUCAAGCUGCCCGUCGAUCUCUUUCUGGUGGGCUGCACCUUCUUUAUUGUGGAAUACGACGAAACGGACAGUGACGAGCUGCCCAUAUGGCUGGACACUAUUCGACAGUUCGGCGGGGACAUUGAACGCGUCUACUGCCCCAGAGUGACGCAUGUCAUCUGCCGCACCCAGAGACACGGCGUAGUGAUGCAGGCUUUACGAGAUGCCAAGCGCUGUGUGACCGCCUACUGGCUGAGCGACAUUUGCCUGAAGCGACAGCUGAUGCCUCCUUGGCAGCCGCUCCAUUUGCCCUUCCCCAGUCAGUUUGGCUAUCGCAAGCCGCUGGAGCGGUACAUCAUCACCUCUGAGGGAUUCGAGGGCGAGGAGAUGGUGAGACUGCAGCAGAUGGCUGAGGAGUGCGGGGCCAUCUACACCUCGUACCUCUCCAAGGUGAACACUGUGGUCGUUUGCAAGCAGCUCGAAGGCAAUAAGUUCAAUGCGGCCAAGGAGUGGAACAUUCCCAUGGUCAAUGCCCUGUGGCUCAGUGAUGUCUGCAUCGGCAAUCUGAGUGGCCUCUCCCAGUACGACAAUCCAAAGUACCAGCAGUACAGUCUCGUGGCUCCGUUUCGCAUCGAAUGCAACUUGGUUGCCCAUCUGCUAACUGCCUGGAAGGCGCCCAUCAAUUUAACUCAGGAGGCUCACGAGCGCGUUAAGCGUCAUUUAUCCGAUCCCUAUGGCAAUGAACAGAAACUGAAGCGCCAGAAGAUGAACUCUUUCCAGCAGGAGCAGCUGCCCGAACAGAUUGUCUGCCUAGAAUACCCCACAACCACCAAGCCCCCGAAGGUGAUAUUCUCUCAGGUCGCUGAUGCUGAAGCCCUCAAAAAGGCUGUGGUAAUCUUGGGUGGAAUUGUUGUGGACAGCCCUGCAGAUGCCACUCACCUGGUGAUGACACGCGAGAGUCGCACCUGCAAACUGAUUCAGUCCUGCUGCCAUGUGGACUAUGUGCUAAAGUCGAGUUGGAUCGUGGAGAGCGCCAAGGCGGGUCGAUUUGUGCCAACCGAUCCGUAUCGUAUACAGCACAUACCAGUCGACGAGAACCUACAGUUCAAUCUGGACACGGUUUUGUGUGCCCCCACGCGCUCCACGCUGUUCGCUGGCAGAUGUUUCCAUGUGACGCCGGAUGUGUUUCCGGCCCGCGAAGAAAUCAUUCGCAUGAUUGAAUCGUCUGGUGGAAAGGUGGAACCAAAGCGACGCAGCGGUGCUGCUGUAGUUGAAUCCCAUGUUCAGUCGCCCGACUCGUACAUCAUUGUUACCUGCCCCACGGACAUGCAUCUGUGCGCGGAUUUGACGAGGCACGGCAACCCCAAAUGUCACAUUGUCUCCACCGAGUUCGUGAUGAGCUCAAUUCUGAAACAGCAGCUGGAAAUCGAGCCCAAUCUGAUACCUUACUUGUACAAUAACAACAAUGCCAACAGCUGUAACAACAACAAGUCCUAGCAUCGUCGAGUGUUUUGGUUGUUGUAUUAGUGCUAAAACAAAGUAAGUAUCAGGUUUCAGGAUAUAGGUGUAUAAAAUUUAGAAGUUGCAAGUUGUUAAAUAAGUAUAUAAGAGAAGAGAGAGAGAGAGCAUCCAUGUGAGCCACCCCAUCAAAAUAACAUUUGCUGACUAGACUGAUGAUGCAAUUUAUUCGGAACCUGCCCGAGGCCCUGCCCAAUUUCUUAUGAUAUAUACCAUACCAAUAGGAAUCUAGUCGACUGAACUCGUCAACUCAGAGGGCCAUGCAAGAUGGGUUACACAGCAACAUAUCGUUUAAAUUUCACACCCUUUAUGUACGGAAUCAUUUUUCUAACAUCUCAUCUUAUCUUAUACACAGUAAUUCAUAUUUUUCUUUGGCAUAAGCUGACAUUUUUUCGACAACCAUUUGAAUUAUACGAGUAUAUACGGCAUACGCCAGUAUAACCCUACUCUGAAUUUUUAUUUCUUGAGCUUCAAACUCCCUAUGAAUUGUAUAUAAUUUACUUUAAUAGCAAUGAUUGCAAUGAUCUGAAUCUGUUUAUUUUUUUGGAUUAUAUUGAUAUACAUAACUCAGUUCUUGAUGAGAUGUCAUAACCGACCGAUAUGUGUAGGAAUUGUGAGGAUAGAAUGUAAGAAAAGAUCUACCUUAAUUAGCCUAAAGAAGAGUUAUAUAAAAGAAAUCAAUCAAUAUAUUUUUCUGAGGGUUCUUGAACCAGCUAGCUGUAAAAAGUCACACAAAUAUACAUACAAUACAUAUAUAUUUCCCUAGAGUAUACGAAAAUGUUUCACAGAAAUUUAUAUAUUGCUGGCUAUUAGUAUUUUAAGUACUUUUCACUUAGUUAAAGCCAAUAUUUUCUAAACAAAUAAUAUACAAAUGAGAAUAUUCUUAGUUAGGCACUGUACGAAAUCAA